CCACCGUCUUGUUUCCUGCCCUUCACAACGAAGGGACCAAUUUCUUCUUGUAUUCCCUCGCAACUCGUUCACGGGAUGAACCGUGUGAAUGCCGGAGCUUAAAGGGCACUAAUCCGCGUUCGUACGCUUUCUGAUGGGGUCUCGACUUCGCAUGGGGCCCCAAGCAGGCCCUACACGCCGCCGAACGUCGCGUCCGUAUAGCUAAUAUAUAGAUGCUAUUUGCCACGGUGUCAAACGUUCCCGUCUCUUCUUCUUCACUGCCACCAUGGGAUCGCUCUUUUCCAAAGGCUUCACUCCGGAUGACCUCCCCGAUCUGACCGGCAAGGUUAUCGUUGUCACUGGAGGAAACGCAGGAAUAGGCUUCGCGACCAUACAACAUCUUGUUAGACGAGGAGCGAAGAUUUACAUGGCGGCACGCAACAAGGAACGCGCGGAUCGUGCCCUUGAGAGGCUGCGUGCUUCCGGGACCGGAUCCGGGCAAGUAGUAUGGCUAUAUACCGACUUCAGCAAUCCCCAACUCGCGAAGAAAGCAGCGGAGUCGCUCAAGGAGAAAGAGGAGAGACUCGACGCCGUGGUGAAUUGUGCUGCCUUAUUGCUUGUACCCCAUGCGAAGACGUCCGAUGGGAUACAAGAUGUCGUGAUGGUUAAUUAUUUGAGCCCUUUUGUCUUCAUACGAACCCUGCUUCCGAUACUCAAGCGGACGGCGGAAGAGCCGAACAGUGAUGUUCGCAUUGUUCAUCUUACCUCCAAGGAGCACUUCAACGCACCGAGUGACGUGCGCUUCCGCAACGUCGAGGACUUCAACGUUGAAUACAGUGAUUACUCGCUUCCUCAGUACCAGCGAUACUCGUUGAGUAAACUGAUGGGAAUCCUGUUCGUAAAGGAGUUGCAGAGAAGACUCGAUGCAGAGGGCGUUCCAAUCAUCGUGAUGGCCGUCCACCCAGGCGUCGUCAAUACCGAAGGAGUGCAGAAGUACGCUCACUCGGUCGGACCCAUCCUCUCCCCCAUCUACAGUCUCAUAGCCAGUACCUUCUUUGAGCGUCCGGAAGUAGGCGGCUAUGCCCCGGCCUUCGCUGCUGCAGCGCCGGCGGUACGUGCCGAAUCGAGGACCUAUCGCGGUGCGUACAUUGUUCCUCCGGGAAUCGUGGGCAAACCAAGCCGGUUGGCUGAGAGCCCCGAGUUGGCAAAGGAGCUGUGGGAGACGACGGAGGGUAUACUGCGGGACCUUGGGAUAGAUCUUCCGUAGGAGGUGCGUACCCGUGAUGCGAUGCAGAUUGCAAUGUAACAACAGCCAUCUACGCUUUAUCCAAUACAUGGACAUCAAGUUUGAGACUUUGAUCCGCUCUGCGGUUCUCACAAGUGGAUUCUGCGGAAGCCAAUGGCGAUGCGAGAAGACUGAGAAGCGGGGCCGAACGGUGCAUACGUAGCGCGCGAAAGCC